AACGUGUUACGUCACAGCCCGAGAGCGCGGAUGUGUGUGUAUGUGUGUGUAAGAGAGGGGCAGCGAUGAGAGUGAGUGUGUGUGUGUGUGUGGCUCAGGCAGGGUGAGAAUGGAAAUGUGAUCGAAAAGGUAGAAGAAGUAAAUGAAACACUAAGGGAAGAAGAGAAAGUCUCGGAUCUGCGCUCUGAGCUCUGGAAUUACACAUCCGAAACAUUUUCCCGCAAAACUUGCUGAGAGUUGUCAUUACCGGCGCGUGGACUGAGUUCGAGGUGGGAACAAGCGAAAAAAAAAAAACCAUCUCCAGGAAGGUGGACUCCCGCUUCCCUCGCCCCGGCGGCCUGGGAAUCACGCGCCAUUGAAGAAGGCGAUAAUGUGCAUGCGCUUUGUCUACACUACGUGCACGCUCGGGUCGGUCGAUGCGAGCACACUGGCGUGGCUCUUGGCCUCCAUUUGCCAGUUUGUGUUUAUGUUCGAGGGAUUCGCUGAGGCCCGAUGAACGGCGACGACGACGUGCAACAGUUGGAUUUACGCCUUGAACGUUGUUAUUAUAUCGCCGCCGUAGCACACGAGGCAUUCAACCGAUGUUGAAAGGUGAGGCGUCAGUGCAAUCUCCAACUUUUCCAACUUGGUCUCAGAUGAAGAGAGACGACCAGAGUCGUUGGUGAUGCCUGCCACAGACUCUGAACUCACAUCAAUGGAGGACUCCCAUGCAUUGAAGGAUGAGGAAGGAAGCUUGACUAAUGUCCCUUCCUCAGUUCCUCCCACUACCGUCCCUCCUUCAACCCUCCUUGUUCCAGCCACUACAAAACCUAAUUUAACUAGUGAGACCGUGAUUGAGACUAAAGCUGUUUCAGUGGCAAGUAAUGACUGCAGCUUGGCUCUCUCUUCGCCUGCUGAAGCUAGCCCAGCCAAGCCGGCUGUGACAUCGCCUACUAACUUUGAUGAGACCACUGAAACAAGUCCAGCUACCUCACAUAUAGCAUCAGCAUCAGACUCCCUUAACUGCACAGGGACGCCAUCUCCUGUGUUGCCAGCUACAACAUUUGGCAACCCAGAUCCGGAAACUGACUUUCCUGCCAUACUGACCUUCAAAGGUGUCAGUGUCACGCUGGAGAAUAAUGGUGUGUGGAAGCAAUUCAACAGCCGUGGGACUGAGAUGAUUCUUACUAAACAGGGGCGCCGCAUGUUCCCAUACUGCAGAUAUCGCCUGGCUGGUCUAGAUCCUGAGAAGCAGUACAGUCUGGUCCUGUCCGUAGUUCCAUCGGACUGCUACAGGUACCGCUGGAACGUGUCCAAAUGGGAGGUUGCCGGACUUGCAGACCAACAGACCCAGGGUGUGAUCAGGGCAUUUUCCCACCAUCACUCACCCUGUCGAGGCUCAGAGUGGAUGAAUGGCUUGGUAUCUUUUUACAAACUCAAACUGACCAAUAAUGUCCGAGAUCAGAGAGGUCAUAUAAUCCUACACUCCAUGCAUCGUUACAUUCCUAGACUACAUAUAAUUCCUGUUUUGGAUGGGAAAGCUGUCACACCUGAAAAGCCCAUUUUCAUGGGAACAGAAAGCAUUGCCUUUACUUUUCCGCAAACUGAAUUCAUGGCUGUGACGACUUAUCAGAACUUUCGGAUCACCCAGCUGAAAAUUAAUCAUAAUCCUUUUGCGAAAGGCUUUAGGGAAGAUGGGAACAACUCCCGCCUUAACAGGUUCGUGCCAUUGGCUCCACCUGUGGCGAAGCCAGACAGUCAGCCUUCUGCUUUAGAAGCUGCCGAACUCAGUCAAACCAAGGAAGAAGUUGUGGAUUUGAACACAAAGAAUGACAGAGUUUCUCCUUCUCUCUCAAAUAAUCAAAAGACCAGACUAGUCCUGAAGCCCAUUAUGUCUACCAUUGCCAGUAAGGAUGAAUUAUAUGUCCCCUGUAUAAGAGGCAGUCAUGCCCUUGGUGAACUUGUGCUUGUCCAAAAGCAUCCAGGUGUGGAACCCAGUCUCAGUGUAACCCGUAACACACAGCAAGGGUUCAGAGCAAUGCCUUUAGCAAAAUCCACCGUUGCCGCUUCGACAGUGUCUACCCCGGGAUCAUCAUCUGGGUACCGCAAGAAGAGGAGGAGGAUUAACAGGCGUUGGGCAAAUUCGCGGGGAAGAGAGUGGAAGGCUGCAACUGCCUCCCCCUCGGUAGUCCAUAGCCCUUCAUUGACUGUCGCUAUGCAACCGGAGCUGGAUGAUGUAGAAGGCCUGUUGUUUGUGUCUUUCAGCUCAAAGGAAGCUCUUGAGGUUCAUGUCAGGGAUAAGCAGACCAAUAACUCAUCAUCAGCUGCUCCAGUUUCCUUAACGACACCGAUGCGCUUGAAGCAAACAGUGGGGGUGAUUCCAGAGACUGAUGAGGGGAAGAUGGCCCGCUUGGAGACUGUCCUGCUGCAGGACCUCCAUGUUCUCAAACACAGACAGGUCAUUCAUCCUGUGCUGCAGGAGGUGGGGAUGAAGCUAAGUUCCCUAGACCCAACAAAGUCCAUCGACCUGCAGUAUCUGGGGGUUCGUCUGCCGCUUCCUCCACCAAACCAACCAGAGCAAGGCAACACCACACCUGCAGGAGAUGACGGGUUGCCCUUCAUCUCCCGGACAGGAAAGACAAGUGACAUGACAAAAAUAAAGGGAUGGAAAAACAAGUUCAUAAAAAGCAAAGAAACGCCUCCCUCGAACUUUGAUGGAUCACAAAAGAACCUAUCAGCCUUCUGCAGCAACAUGUUGGACGAGUACUUGGAAAGUGAAGCCCAGUACAUCAGUGAGCGUGCUGCUGCCUUCUCCACAAACCCCGAGGCCUCUGUGGCCUAUCGGCUGCCUGCUAAAGGUUCCAGUUAUGUGAAGACCCUGGAAAGCGUUCUCAAGCAUCGAAACACUGCCUCCAAAUUCCCAGUGGGGACCAACAAACCCUGUCCUCUUUCUCACAAAUUACCCCCCAACUCAGCCCCGACGUCAUCGGCUUCUCCUCUGGCCAGCCCUUCGACUUCUGUUCAGACAGGAGCUCAGUUGCCAGGAACUGUGAUAACAAACGCUGCUUCUGGAUCUAGUUCUAUUUUCCAUAGAUUAUCUGCAUACCUUCCUGGGGUCAGCCAGAAAUCAGUGGCGUGCUUUGGGCAAAGCCAUGGGGUGUCACACAGGACAUCAGGCCUCACUAAGUUCCAGCUCAACCUGUUGAACAUGGAGACUGGAGCCCUGAAUGAGGGUCUGAGCAGAACACAGCUGACACAAGACAGGCUGAAAGUGGCUCUGUCUGUGAUACUAACAAAAGAGAUGCAGGCCAGUCAGAUCCUGAAAGGAAUCCAGUAUCCAAAGAAUAAACCCAAGGGACCCGAAUGUGGUCAGGACUUCUGCAGACUGGGCUGUCUGUGCUCCAGUCUCCAGCAGGUGAACAGAGGUCCCCUCCACUGCCGGCGGCCUGAAUGCAUGAUUGGCUGCUCCUGCUUCAAACGCAAGAUCACCAAGCAGUUGAGUGUGGGGGAGAGUGAACAACCGAUCCAACCUGUUUACUCUGUGACUAGUAUGGCACAUCUGGUCCAGCCUCGCCCAGGCACCCAUACAAAUAGACUGUGGAACCGUAACGUUAAUGAUGUGGACCCAGACCCGCUCUUCACCCCCAAAAGUGCUCCUCUGCAUUUGGUCUCGAUGAAGGCCAUAAAACGCAGCAGCGUAUCUCGUCCACCGCAACUGAUUCGAGAAGAGGAUAAGGAUCCAGUGUAUAAAUACUUGGAGAGCAUGAUGACAUGUGCUCGUGUAAGAGAAUUCAACAGCAAACCACCUCCUGAAGUCUCCAUGGAGCCCAAGAUCCUUGAUAUUUCUGCACCAAACAUCACAGAAAAAGCAGGAAAGGCAACUGCUGAUGACUUGCUGAAAAAGUACAGCAGAAAUUUACUGACUGUGAAAAAAACGGAAAAGACUUCUCAGGGGACCACGUCUAACGAAACAGAUGUGAGAAAGCAAAUCGAGAUCCAGUCGGCGUGUCAGUGGGACAAGGACUGCAAUAAAGUCGUGGAAGCUUUGUGUCAACGUAUGAAUCAGAAUAGGCUGUCUCAGCGCUUCUACAUAGGACCUUACUGUAUCCAUCCAGUCGCCAAGAUCUCCAUACGGAAACCCAGCGGGUCCCUCCUCACCUACAGGGUACGCAUCAGCAAACCAUCACAAACCAGUGAUGAUGAAGAUGAAUUUGAUGACGGGGAUGAGGAUUGGGACAUGGAAGCAGAAGAGGAAGGAGACCAUAUUGAAGAUCCAGUGAUGCGGGUUGGAGUCACACCCUUCCUGAGCGGAGUGCUACCUGUUGGCAAACUGAGAGCCAAGACCAAACCUGUUGGCUUCCAAGCACAUGGACUUAUACAGGUAAAUGGAAAAUCCUACAAUCAGGCCAGACUGUUGCUGGGGAGCAUGGGGUCUCUACAUCCAGCCAACCGCCUUGCAGCAUACGUCACAGGUCGACUGCACAUGCUGGCUGACAUCUCUCACAAAACCUCUCAGAAAUCAGAUCCUACAAGCCAAAUCAACACUCCUGGUGCUCUGCACAUAAAGGCUGCUGGCACAGUAGUCCCUCCAAUUAUAACUGCAAGGAAAACCACUGAGCUGAAGACACCAACACAGCCAGCAGUUGGACUGUCCCAGGCCGACACUUGCAGAAAGGGAUCCAUUGCAUUGCCGCCUGUUUCACAAACCUCCUCUAACAUCAACCCUGUCCACACGCUUGCCUUGGGCCAACGCAACUCAGUCAACCCCUUCCAGAGCUCCACGUCCUCGCCUGUCUCUCUCACCGUCUCGCCGUCGCUGAAAACCCCCAGCUUCUUAGGACAGAGUGGGACUUAUUCCUUCAGGAUCUGCCCUCCAGCUAACCAAGGUACCAAAGACCAGAACCUACCAGGAGUCACCCUGCCUGGUGGCUUCACCCUCAUUCAGCUCCCUACACAUGGAGCUGAAGGAGGUGCAGAGCAGUCAGAAUCUGCCAGUUCAACAAACAAGGCUGAUGUGGAUAAAGCCCCACCCCCACCCCUGAGCACAUUUGCUAGAAGUAAGAAUCUGUUGAGCAGCGGAUCUGUUGGGCCUGUGCUCUCCUCCUCUGGGCUGGUGUGUGAUGAGAAAAUGCCCUCAGAUGGGAGCGGUGAAGCCAAGAUCAAGCAGGAGGCCUCAAACCUGGACAUCACUUCAGAGGACUUAAGCUCCAACUCCUCAGACUACUAUGGAGAGGGUGACGAAGAUGAGGAGGAUGUGGACAUUGAGACAGUAGAAGAAGUAAGACAAGGACUGAUGAUCAGUAAAAUGAAAGAAGCUCUCAGGAAAGCAUUAAAGCAGUCACGAGGCCCCAGUGAUAAUUUUGAACCAGCAAGAGAGGUCCAGGGUCAAAUGGAUAAUAAACACGAAGAGUCUAAGGCUAACAGGAGGAGAAAGAACCACACUGUGCUAGAAAGGCAGAGACGUUCUGAACUGCGGAACCUCUUUGACAAGCUCCAGACCAUCCUUCAAAGUGAUCCGAAGGCUCCCAGGCUCCGCCUCCUCUCACUGGCCCUAAAAGAAAUCCAAAAUCUGGUUGAGACGUCCAGAUAUCUGGAAGAGAAGAAGAGGAGGCUGAUUCAGAUGCAGUCUGUUUAUGUGAAGGAGCUUUCCCUUUUGUCUGGGAAGUCAGAUAAGGCCAUUAAACACAAGCUGAAGCAGAUCUGCGACAGACAGAAAUUGAGAGAAAAUACGCAGAAAUGGAGGCCCUUCUUUUCCAGUCUACUGCAGUCAAGAGCUGCUUAUCUGCAAACCAAUCCCCAGUCCAAGCUCCUGCCCUCGCCUCUGUCACAGCCCGACCGCUUCAUGACUCUGUUUCCGGCUAGCCUGCACACCACUGCAUCCCAGCACAAUAGAGACCAGAGACUCUUGCCUAAUCCACAUUCUAUGUCUGUAGCAGUGUCCUCUCCAGCCCAGGUUGAGGUCACCGCCCCCUCACCACAGGAACAACCAGGUGAACCCGCAACCCCAUCACAGGUCACUACGUCCAGUUCAACGUGCCAGCCUCAGGUCCCCUCAGUCACAGCCAUACUCAAGGUCACCACAGGCCAGAAUGGAGCCUCACCUGUGACCUCAGCACCCCAUUCCAGCAAUCCCUCUGUUCGCCUUCGGCAGCCUUUGACUUAUCCUCUGAUUCGCUCCAAGACUGGCAGAAUCAUACUUCCAUCAUCUCUGAAACCAACUGGUCAGGUCUAUACGGUCAUGGUCAUGAAUGCCAAAAAGAAGGAAGAGGAUGGUGAAAAUAAUAGGCAACCUCCUGACAUGGAUUCGUCCAAGAACCGAAGCAACAGCCUUUUAAAAUCUGACCAUUCUUCAGAAAGCUGUCAUAUAUUGGAUGAAGAGAAAACUGUGAAAUCAGUGGAAGAGGAGAAAACCUCAUCAAAAUCAUCAAACUCUGAACCAAAGCGUUCAGAUGUAAAACCCCCCCUGGCUGAGCUUGCCCUCCUUAACAAAUCAAUCUUUGUGCCUUUGGUGGCUGUUCAGGCUGCAGAGAACAGCCAGGAGGGAGGCGCAGUGGCAGGUUUGAGGAAAAAACUGGCAAUCCCUCCUCUCCGCCGCGGCAGAGGCAGACCUCGAAAGAGCGCUGUUAUCCCUGUUAGUGAAAACAGAAAACCUACUGUGGUAGAACACUCCAGUAAAAGUGCCAGUGAAAGUGAAACAUCUAUUUUGGAUGAAGAGAGCCAAAACGAAACGAUGACAUUGGAAUUGGCCAAAGACACCUCAGAAAUGGUUAGUGAUGACCCUGUACCUGUAAAACGAGGCAGAGGAAGGCCACCGAAGAAGUCGAUGGUUGGAUGGAUGCGCAGUCGUCCGACUAUGGGAGCAGGAAGUAAUCUAUCUAAAUCCGAUGAGGACGAUCCUGUUGGACUCCUUUUUAAAAGCCCCCGCACUAAAUCCAACUCCAGUCCCGCAACGACCAGCUUGCUUGGAGAUAGGAACGCAUCUCGGCCUUUAACCCGAGGCGCUUUAGGGAAGGACUUCCCCAGUGCCAAGAAACGCUCCUGGAAAGAUAUAGAAAAGGAACUGGAGCCUGAGCUUCAAUCUGAAUAGUUCUCGCAUCUUGCUGUCGCUGCAAACGCCAGUGCAUGCAGUCACAUGACCUCAGUUAUCCUCGGAGCUUGAUGCUGCUCUUUUCCGUACAUGUUACCAUAAGAAAGGUUGUUUUUGGUAUAAAGAAUAUAAGAAAAAGCAUUAAUUGUGACCUGCUGAAUGUUUCAUUGAUAUGAAUAAUAACUCCCACAUUCGGUUUCGAUUUAGUGCUUUAUAAUAUAAGUUACCAAGUUAAGGUCUUUCACUGUCCUUUAUUACUGACCUGUCUUAUGCAAAUGAGAACAAAACUAGAGAUUGAGUAAAUCCAAUAUGUUAAGCCUUGCAGUGUGUCCUGAAUAAGACCAGACAGUGCACUGCUACAUAAACUGCAAAAUGUAAAUGUUAACUUAUGUCUUUUUUUUUUAAAUUGCGAGUUAGUUUGAUGUAUUCUUCCCUUUCAAAUUCUUGUUUAACUAACUCAGUGAAAAUCAUCUGUAGUAGCACUUUAUGUUUUUGGUAGAGAACCACCCAUGAUGUCAUUGUUUUAGUUUGUGUUGUAACAGAAGUGAUCUGCAUUCUGAGGGGUUAGUUCACUAAUAUGCAUAUAAACCUAAUGUGUCACAAGCAAUCAAGAUAAACGCUAUUAGCCAUAGAGUGUAUUUAAGGAAAUUACCUCUGAAAAUAUUGUAUUUCUUUUUUAAUUCCAUUAUGUUUAUUUACUUUGUGAAUGAUUUUGAAACACUGGUUCUGCUGUUACUUCAGUUAAAUUGAAAAUGUGACAAAAACAUUGCCUUUAAAGUCAAUAAAAUAACUACAUGCA